AUGGAGGGGGGAGGGUUGGCCAGGGUUGCCGGCCUCCAGCCGAUUGGUGGUGAGGACCGCGACCCUCGCCCCAGAUUUGGGCGAGGGCUCGCAGGCCUUCACCUCCUCCUCACCAUCGCUAGGAAGGGCCAGCAACGCGACGGUGCUCACCUAGCGGUGGCGCAAAGUAGUAACAAAAACAGUGCCACAACGAUCCCAGUGAACGUUGGGGUGAUUGUUGAUCUGGAGACGUGGGUGGGUAAAAUGGGAUUGAGCUGCGUUGAAUUGUCUCUCUCUAACUUUUAUAGUUCAAACCCUUCUUACAAGACCAGGCUCGUCCUCAACGUUAGAGACUCAAAAGGAGAGGAGGUUGCUGCUGCUGCUGCAGCACUUGAUCUGAUAAAGAAUAAGCAAGUCCACGCCGUAAUAGGCCCCCAAAGUUCAGUGCAAGCAGACUUCGUCAUUGACCUUGGAAACAAAUCUCACGUGCCGAUCAUCUCUUUUUCUGCUACUAGUCCUUCCCUCAGUUCCCUUCGGAGUCCAUACUUCAUUCGAGCUGCGCAAAAUGACUCGUCCCAAGUGAACGCCAUAAGCGCAGUCGUGCAAGCUUUUGGUUGGAGAGAAGCGGUUCUAAUAUAUGUGGACAAUGAGUUUGGAGAAGGCAUCAUACCUUCUCUUAUGGGUGCUUUGGAAGAGCUCGAUACGCGAGUGCCCUAUAGGAGCCUCAUUCCUCCUUCGGCGACGGACGAUCAAAUCGGGCAGGAACUCUACAAGUUAAUGCCGAUGCAAACGAGGGUCUUAAUCGUGCACAUGCUACCUCCUCUCGGUUCUCGGCUAUUGGCCAAAGCAAAAGAGUUGGGAAUGAUGAGCGAAGGUUACGUCUGGAUCUUGACUAAUGGAAUCACCGACCUAUUAAGUUCUGUGGAUUCAUCAGUUGUUGCUAGUUCGAUGCAAGGAGUAUUGGGCAUUAAGACUUAUGUCCCAGGCACACGGAACCUGGACACUUUCAUGAUCCAGUGGAAGAAGAAAUUUCAACAAGAGAAUCCAUCCGUCCUUAGUCCUCCGUUGAACAUCUUCGGAUACAAUGCUUAUGAUGCUGCUCGGGCUCUGGCAAUGGCUGUUGAGGAAAUGGGAAUGGUGAAUUUUAGCUUCGAGAUUUUGAAUACUUCGACCGAUGCAACUGAUCUGGACACUAUUGGGGUCUCUCAAAAUGGUGAGAAACUUCUCCAAGAACUAGCUAAUAUCACAUUCAUGGGGCUCACUGGAAAUUUCAGUCUUGUUGAUGGGCAGUUAGAAGCGUUAGUAUUCCAAAUUGUUAAUAUCAAUGGAAACGCGGCAAGAGGGAUCGGGUUCUGGACCCUAAAAAAUGGGCUGCUGAGAGAUUUGAAUCCAUUUGACACAAGCAUAUAUUCCACUUCAAAGAGUAAUUUAGGAACAAUAAUAUGGCCAGGAGAUCCAAUCUUUGUUCCCAAGGGAUGGGAGUUUCCCAUGACUGGGAAGAGUUUGAAAAUCUUAGUUCCUGUGAAAGACGGUUUGAAGCAAUUCGUGACGGUGACACGUGAUCCUACAACAAACACAUCCCAAGUCACCGGAUACUGUAUCGACAUCUUUCGAGCUGUGAUAGAAAAACUGCCUUAUGCAUUGACUUAUGAAUUUAUUCCGUUUGACUUGCCUAAUGGAAGUAGCGCUGGUAGUUACAAUGACAUGAUCGAUCAAGUAUAUUACCAGAAUUAUGAUGCAGUGGUGGGUGAUACGACAAUACUUGCAAACAGAUCAUUGUACGUGGAGUUUACCUUACCAUACAUAGAAUCGGGAGUUGCAAUGCUUGUGCCAUACAAGGACAACAAGAGCAAGAAUGCUUGGGUUUUCUUGAAGCCACUCACUGGGGACCUUUGGCUAGCAACCGGAUGCUUUUUCGUUUUUAUAGCAUUGGUCGUGUGGAUUCUGGAACAUCGGAUUAAUGAAGACUUCAGGGGUCCAGCCACGCAUCAAGUUGGCACGAGCCUCUGGUUUUCGUUUUCAACCAUGGUCUUUGCACAAAGGGAGAGAGCAUUUAGCAACCUAACAAGAUUUGUUGUGAUCGUGUGGGUUUUCGUGGUACUUAUACUAACACAAAGUUAUACGGCGAGCUUGAGCUCUCUUUUGGUGUUGAAAAAUCUUCAACCAACUGUGACUGAUGUAGAUCAGCUCCUAAAGAGUGGAGAAAAUGUGGGAUACCAGGAUGGAACUUUCCUUCAUGAAAAGCUACAGCAAAUGACAUCUGACUAUAAGAGACUUGUACCUUAUAAAUCUGCUCAAGAAUGCGAUGCGCUUCUUUCCAAACGAAGCUCAGAGGGUGGGAUUGCAGCUGCAAUUGAUGAAGUCCCCUACAUUAAACUUGUUCUUUCUCAAUAUCGCAACAAAUACACCAUGAUCCCAACAUUAAAAAAUGCUGGAUUUGGCUUUGUUUUCCCCAAAGGGUCUCCGCUAGUUCCAGACAUUUCGCGAGCAAUCCUCAAUGUAACCGAAGGACCUAUGACGAAAACUGAAAAGGCGUGGUUUACAUUAGAAACCAGUAGCCUCGAUUCAACUUCCUCCAUUUCUUCCAAUAGCUUGGGUCUUGACAGUUUCUGGGGCCUGUUCUUGAUUGCUGGAGUUGUUGCAGUUUUAGCUCUCCUCAUUAACAUGGUGAUGUUUGUCAAAAGGAAUUGGCAUGUCAUAUCAAGUUCUUCAGCUUCACUGCGACAGAAAAUUGUUGCAUUGGGAAGAAGAUUUUACGAAAGAGACAUCAAUUCCCAUACUUUUAGGGAGAGCAGAUUCAGAGAUAGAAGCAUGGAUGAUGGUACCCAUGAGCAUGCAGCUGUUGAGAUAUUACAAAACACUAAUUCUCCCCUGAGUCCGUCAAGCAACACCAGCCAAAUCAACGACGUUUUAACCAAUGAGCAAGGCACACCAUCCGCAAAACAAGGACUUCCUAACCAUGUAGAUGAAGGGUGCCACAAGAUAACGAGAAAUGUCGAGCUUACCAAUGUAAUUAAGACAGACCUUUCAACACGCGAAGGCACUCAACCAACUGCUGCUCGUGGGCCCCCUCAUCACAACUCCUGUGAAUGUCACUGCGGUAGCGAAGGUGGCAGUUCAAGCAGCUGCGGAUCGCCUUUGCUCCAGUCAUCAUAGACGUUAAAAAAUCACUCCGAUAUAGCCAACAAAAGUUGAAGUAGAAAUGGUCCGAACCCUGUCUUCUUUAUAGGUUCCAUCUUAUAGAGCAGUCAAUAACAUGAGCACUCAUAUGUUGUUUUCAAAUCAAAAGCCUUUUGGUUUUUGUGGAGUCUAUAGUUGCCUGUAGGAGCAAGAGGAGAAUUCUCAGUUCAAAACCUUGAAGGCAGUAAAUGCACGUGAAAGAGAUAAAUCCUUUGUACAUCGUGGUUUCCCUGAAAUUGAGUCAUGGACUGAACUCCAGUGAAAUGAUCCCUUCAAGGAUGUAAGUACUUUGGGCAAGAGUAAUAUAGAUUUGCAUUGUUUUCAUGCUUAAUAUUAUAUAUGGAUUCUAUAAAAGGGAGAUUGAGAGUAUA